UCACAUUGGUCACCUUGGAGAAGACCCUAUGGCCUUGGCCGGGAUCCUGAGGACUUCAUAUAUGAUCUGUAUGCUGUUUGCAACCACCAUGGAACCAUGCAAGGUGGUCACUAUACAGCUUACUGUAAGAACUCUGUGGAUGGCAUGUGGUACUGCUUUGAUGACAGCGAAGUGCAGGCACUUGCAGAAGAUGAAGUGUGCAAGCCAACGGCUUAUAUCCUUUUCUAUCAGCGACGCGCAGCAGUGCCAUCCUGGUCAGCAAACAGUUCUGUGGCAGGUUCCACAAGCUCAUCACUUUGUGACCACUGGAUUUCCAGGCUCCCUGGGAGCAGACAAC